CUAGGGGCCGUUCACACCGAACACGUUUUUGCGUCUGUCUGCGCUUUUUUAUGUAAACAUGAGCUACACGGACGUCUUUAACAAUUGUGCCGCGUCUUGAGACACUUGUGUGCUGUUCUAUUCCUUACGACUAGCAUUUUUAGCGGAACAACGCGUUUGGUCUGAACGGCCCCAUAGCUGUUUACCGCUAUUUUAGCUGCUAACAAGCUAAAGCGCUUGGGUUUUCGCUGCAUGUAUUGUCAAGCAUUCGUUAGCCGCUACUUUAGCCUCCGUUCCCCAGUACGCUGACUAGUAAAAUGCCUCUUGUUACUUUUAAAUGCUAUUUUGGUACCAUUUAUUGUGGCUUAUAAAAGUAGGAGCUGUUGAACUUUUUUUUACAUUAGUAUAAUUGAUCCAAUUUCCCUGAUGUUAUAGUAGAAUUGCCAGGCUGUUUUGUCCCUAUCACGCCGCUGUUGAUCCUGCGUUAUCCGGCCGGGCUGCUCGCAAUCGGCUAGCCCGUGUUUUGACAUCUGUGUCCGGAUGCAGUUUGCACGUUAGCAGCAGCCUUCAUAUCGUGUCAUUAAUGGUAGAAAAGCUCGCUGUCAUUGGACCCAUUUCUGUUAUCCGCCCUUUAGUGAUCAAUCAAGACAUUGUUGUCGUGAGACAAUAAAGGCGAGAUUAAUAUGCGUAAAACUGUGUGCCAACUAUCCGCAGCGGGGUGAUCAAAUCCUUUUGUUUUUCUAGCAUAGCUAACAGACAGUUAGACCCCAGCCCAACUGUACUCGUACAGUAGAUUUACAUAUACAGUGUUGGCCUAUGUUUUGUUGAUUUGAUAUUGGUGAUUUAAAAGAUCACCUAUUAUAUGUGUUGUUACAAAGUUGUUUUUUCUGCUCUUUUUUUUGUCCAGCACACAGAUUGUGCAACAUGAUCUGUGUGUCAUCUUUAGUGAGCUCAAGCCAAAGAAGGAUUUCUCCACUGGGCCACAUUUGCGCAGUACAGCCAACGAAGUGAAUUUGUAGUCAAAAUAAGUAGAUUACACCCAUUCUCAGUUUAAACUUGGUGUGUGUAUAUAUAAGAGCAUGUUUUGGGUAUGAUUCAUGACAGAUUUCUCUUUGGAGACUUAGCAAACUCGUGAAACAACCCCCAUCCCUCCUAUUACUCAUUUUACACAGGCAGAGGCAGCCUGCAUAUUUCUUUCCAUGGGUCUACAGGAACUGAAUAAAAAUCCUGUGGAAGGAUUCUCAGCUGGUUUGAUAGAUGAUAUUGACCUCUACAGAUGGGAAGUGUUAAUAAUCGGUCCUCCUGAUACACUCUAUGAGGGUGGUGUUUUUAAAGCCCAUCUUACUUUUCCCAAAGACUAUCCUCUCAGACCUCCCAAAAUGAAGUUCAUAACGGAUAUAUGGCAUCCAAAUGUUGACAAGAACGGUGAUGUUUGUAUUUCAAUAUUACAUGAACCGGGGGAAGAUAAAUAUGGCUAUGAGAAACCAGAAGAACGCUGGCUCCCUAUCCACACUGUAGAGACUAUCAUGAUUAGUGUCAUCUCUAUGCUAGCUGACCCCAAUGGUGAUUCCCCUGCCAACGUUGAUGCAGCAAAAGAGUGGAGGGAAGACAGACACGGCGAAUUCAAAAGGAAAGUCGCCCGCUGUGUAAGAAAGAGCCAAGAGACUGCCUUUGAGUGAUAUUCAUCCAGCAGCUUGUAGCAUCACAAUAUAUUCAGGGUCUCCAGUUGAGAAACAACAUGGCACUGUUUUCUUGCACUCUACCACCCUAUUGCUGGACUGGUUUUCAUUGAAUGUUAGCAGUAACAGGCUGGCAUUAAUAGGCUGCAAUAUAACAUAAGGCCAUCACAGAUGCUGACAGAACACGCCAAGCAAGUGCCAACAAAAAAAGAGAAAAAAACUUUACAAUUAUUAUGCUUUUCUCCUUUUUUUCCAAGUCUAUGAACUGAUACAACUUUCAGGAAGAAAUUGUAAAGAACUGUACAUAGCACAGUCAUAAAAUCCGGAUAAUAUAUAAUAACUGUUCCUAUCCAUCCACCGAGACUUAGUACCAAAUAAAAUAGAAGUUCUGUAGUUAGAGUGUGACAUCCUGUAAAGUUUUUGAAGAGAAUAGAUCAUCUUCCACCCUCCCCUCCUACUGCCUCAAAUCUUCUAGUGUGCAUCAGUUCUGUUACAGGUAUGAGAGGCCUCACAUACUCGCCUGUCAGUUUGAACAAAUGUCUGCUUUUGCAUUUCUCAAUCAUUAGAAUUCCUCAAGUAUGUUUGAAAGCUCUCACUUGGGACACUUCAGGUAAAAUGAAUAGCUGAAGAGCACAUUCAUUUUCUAAUUGAUUAGGGGGUCAUGAAGGUAUUUCUCUGGUUUGGUUUUUAAAUGGGGUGGGAGGGAAGGGGAAUUCUCUUGCUUUGGCUGAAAGACAGCUCUGUUAUUGAGGAUGACUGCAUUCUGAGUGUCAGGUUCUCAUCUUUUUCCUAUUCUGUUUUGUUGCGGGGAGGCAGUGGCAAGGAAACCCAUCAAAUGUGAUUUCAUUUGUUUUUUUUUUCUGUGCAUGUUUGUUCUAUUUUUGGUUUUCAAAAGUGCCUCCAAUUUAAAUUGCUUGGCUUGUUACUUGCCCUGCAUCAAAGAGGAGCUAACGGGAUUGACGUGUUAACAUGAAAACAACUCAACAUCCUCUUAAGCUUGUGUGAAUGUGUGAGGUGAUUUUUUUUUUCUUCUCAUAACCCUUGUACCAGCAUUUAGAAUUUUGUUUUGGUGUAGCAAUAAUUCUGCUUUACCCACUUGUAUGUGGACAUGUUAAAAUUGGAUAUUCACAUAUGAUGUUUUAUAAGGAAGCAUAGAUUUCUCCCUUUCAUCAGAUCAGAUUCAAAAAUUUUUUUUUUUUUAGAGCUUGACAUUUCUUUUUGUGUGGUGUCUUUGAUAGGGUUCUUAACCAUCCUUUAAAUGUAGGUUGCUCGCUAGCAGUUUCUUGGAUGUAGACAGAGUUGUGUGUCUGUGCAUGUUUGAGAGAUUUAGCGUGUGUGUGUGUGUGUGUGUGUGUGUGUGUGUGUGUGCUGCGCGCCUGUAUCCCACUCUAUCUCGUCCCACAAUCUUUAAUUCUCUUGUUGAUUUUAUUCUGGCCCUGACAGACUACUGCAGUUCUUUUGCCUAAUGUACAAAGACAAAAUACCGAUGUAUAUUUUUCAUGUUAUGGAAAUUGUCACCUCUUGUGAGUUCUUCUAAAAUAUAUUUUUUUUCCAAUACUUGUUUUUGAGCGUGCUUUCUGUGUGCAAUUCAAUCGUCUUAAAGAAUGUUCAAAGUGUUGCUGCCCACGCGGAUGUCUAAUGACUCUCCAUUUAUGUUCAUAACAAAGUGAAUUUACAAUUUUGUAAAGAGAAAAUAUUGAUUGGUCAUCAUUAAGUGUAGGAAUUUUUUUUUUAAAUA